AUGAACUGGCAGGCAUCCCACCAGGUUUUGCGGCUGGAUAGAGAGGAGCUGGAUAGUAUCCUGGAGCAGUAUGAGGAGGUAGUUAGAGAUGAACUAGGGCUCCUUGCGGGUGUGGAAGUCAAGAUCCACGUUGACGCUCAGGCAACUCCCCGUUUCUAUCGUCCAAGAAACGUACCACAUACAAUCAGACAACAAGUGGAAGAAGCGCUUUGCAAAUUGGUGGACGCUGGAAUUGUCGAGCCUGUACGGCACUCUGAAUGGGCAGCACUAAUAGUCCCAAUUUUGAAGGCAGAUGGCUCUAUUAGAGUUUGCGGGGAUUAUAAAAUGACAGUCAAUCAAGUAGCAAAACCUGAUAGCUAUCCCCUGCCACGGAUAAAUGACCUUCUUGCACGAUUGGGUGGAGCAAAGGUUUUUAGCAAACUCGACAUGUCACAAGCGUACCAACAGCUGGCACUGGACGAGCAGUCAAAACCCUUCGUCACUAUAAACACCCACAAGGGGUUAUUUCAAUAUAAUCGAUUACCUUUUGGUGUGUCUGCGGCUCCAGCCAUAUUUCAACGCACAAUGGAGAAUCUGUUGCAAGGUAUUGAGGAGGUGGUAGUAUAUCUUGAUGAUAUCCUAGUGACUGGAAAGUGUCAGGAUCAGCAUUUACAGCGGUUAGAGGAAGUCCUCCAGAGGUUGUCCGCGGCAAGGCUGCGACUCAAGAGAGUGAAAUGUCAGUUCAUGGUUCCAUCAGUGCAGUAUUUGGGAGUCACCAUCGAUACAGAAGGCACUCAUCCAAAUAAAGACAAAGUUAGAGCUAUCCAGGAAGCUCCCGCACCAACAUCUGUGAAAGAACUCAAGGCUUUUCUUGGGUUACUAAACUAUUACAGCAAGUUCCUCCACAAUAUUUCAAGUGUAUUGGCACCACUCUACAAAUUACUGAAGAAGGGAGUGAAGUGGCACUGGGGAAAAGAACAGGAAACGGCAUUCAAGGAAGCAAAAAGAGUAUUGAUUUCUCAGAAAGUUUUGAUUCAUUACGAUGCACGAAAGCCUCUGAUCCUAGCUUGUGAUGCAUCACCAGUAGGUAUUGGGGCGGUAUUGUCUCAUCAGGAAAACGAUGGCAGUGAACGUCCCAUAGCACUCGCUUCGAGGACGUUGACGACUGCAGAACAAAACUACGCCCAGAUAGAACGGGAAGGCUUGGCAGUAGUGUUUGGAGUUACACGUUUUCAAGAAUACAUCUAUGGAAGACAUUUUACAUUAGUCUCAGAUCAUAAACCACUUCAGACCCUGUUUAAUGAAAGAAAUGGAGUGUCCGAAAUGGCGUCAGCAAGGAUUCAAAGAUGGGCCCUCAAGUUAUCUGGCUAUCAUUACACUUUCAGGCAUAAACCAGGAAUCAUGAAUGGCAACGCUGAUGGAUUGAGCAGAUUGCCAUUAAGAGGACAGCCGGAUGUUUUAGAGGAGUCGCCGCCACCCGAAGUUGUUAGUCUCUUGCAUCGGUUGGAAGUUCUCGGAAGUCCUGUAUCGUCAGACGAAAUCAAACGGUGGACACGUGAAGAUCCUGUACUAGCGAGAGUGUUGAAAUACGUGCUGCAAGGAUGGCCCGCUAACGUACUAGGUGAUUUUGCAGACGCAAUGAAGCCGUACAAAUCCAGGGUAAAUGAAUUGUCAGUGCAAGAUGGUUGUGUUCUGUGGGGUGCCCGCGUGUUAGUGCCUGAGAAAGGAAGGCAGGCAGUGCUCACACAACUGCAUGAUGGGCACCCAGGCUUUUCAAGAAUGAAAGACUUCGAAGGAUUUAUGAAGGGCAGCGGUAUUAGGCAUGUUCGGACAGAACCCUAUCAUCCCGCCUUUAAUGGCCUUGCAGAGAGGGCAGUACAGUCGUUUAAAGCUGGCAUGCGGAAGCAAUCAUCAGGGUCUGUAAAGACCAAGUUGGUAAAAUUUUUACUCAACUAUCGUACCACCCCGCAUACAACCACUGGAGUGGCACCAGCGCAACUAUUAAUGGGGCGAAGGCUGACAACAUCCAUAGACAGGCUGUUCCCGGAUGUGUCGAGGAAAGUGGUCCAAACACAGUUACAACAGAAGAAUUACCAUGACCAGCAUGUUAGAUACCGUCCAUUUCAGGUACAAGACAGACUAUUUAUCACGAACUAUGCAAAUGGCCCAAUUUGGGUACCUGGGGUGAUAUUAGCCGUCACGGGGCCACUGUCUUAUGAGUGUCAAUUAGUCGAUGGACGUCCAGUACGCCGACACCAAGAUCAGUUGCGGGAGAAGGAGGAAGAGGUAACACUUCCAGUACUUAGGGAAGGACUGAGUUGUGGUGAAGGACUACCAGAGAUGGUGGACAGUUUUCAGAAGGCACCAGACCCUGUGGUCGCUGGUGGUCCUUUCGACCUAACACUAGAGGAUUCUCUAGUUACACCAGUAGAGCCAGUCAUCUGGGCACCGAUGACAAGUCCACCUAAAAUCAGCAAGUGA